CAGAAGCGCAGCCGUCGUCACUGAAACUCUCCCUCCCACGCCAUCCCUGUCUCCUCUCGCCGUCGUCGCCCCCGUCCCCGCAGUCGCCCGUCCUCCGCCCGCUCCACCAGGGCGCCUCGCCCUGGGGGACGGUCUCCGACCACUAGCCUCCCUUCACCGCCGACCACGUGCUCAGUGACGCCUAGGUCAUCGGCACCGAAGUUUGGAGGCCCUGUACGUGCUUCACGUGCGGGUUCUUCAAGAACGCCUCUAUGUGUCACUUCCUCCAUGGCCUGACUACAUCGGUGUGGAUCCAGUGGCCCUAGCUCGUGAGGCAACAACGGUGUCCUAGAUUGCCCUCCCUUUGAUUCGUUUCCAGUUGUGGUGUCCGUGCAGAUUUGAGCUAUGGCAGCAAGCAAGGAUUGACGAAGCGUGCGUUCCCAUUGCACCACCAUGGGCUACGCACAGAUCGCCAUCCGCCCCUCUGGGAGCGGCAAGAGCUACCCCUGUACCUUAUCUUAGGAAUGCUAUGUGGAGCGGUCAGUGUGGUGUUUGAUAGAUUGGUUGGAUGGUUUUCAAGAUUCUUUGGGCACAUAAAGGAAAAGUUUGAUUUCCCUAUAAUAGUGUACCCUGCUUUGGGUGGGCUGGGAGCUGGUAUCAUAGCUCUGAAAUAUCCAGGGAUCUUAUACUGGGGUUUCACAAAUGUUGAAGAAAUAUUGCAUACUGGGAAAAGUGCUUCUGCUCCUGGUAUCUGGUUGUUAACUCAACUGACAGCUGCAAAGGUAGUUGCAACUGCUCUCUGCAAGGGCUCUGGGCUUGUGGGAGGACUAUAUGCUCCAAGCCUGAUGAUUGGGGCUGCUGUUGGAGCUGUUUUUGGGGAUUCAGCUGCUUAUUUAAUAAAUUCAUCUUUACCUGGUAAUGCUGCUGUUGCACAGCCACAAGCUUAUGCUCUGGUUGGAAUGGCUGCUACACUAGCUUCAGUCUGUUCAGUCCCAUUGACUUCAGUACUGCUUCUCUUUGAGCUGACAAAGGAUUACAGGAUUUUGCUUCCUCUCAUGUGAACAAGGGAGAAUAUUAUGAACUGAAGGUCAUGUAUCAGUGAAAAGCAUGCUUUCCUCUUGUAGAAAUUGUGCACUGAAAAACUACAGUGCCCUUAUGACACCACAACAGUAAGCAAGACUACAGGACAUCUAUGCGAAAUGCAGCUAGCCAGCUACACUGAUGUAGAGAUCAUUCAGGUUCUAAGCAUGAGCAAGCUGGGUUAUGAUGGUGUUGUGGCACUGCUGGUUGCUGAUAUAUCACCUUCAAUCGGUCCUGACCAGAUUGAAGCUCUGUAUCAGUAUGCCAAAUUUCAGUUUGAGUGUGGUAACUACUCAGGGGCUGCUGAUUACCUUUACCAGUAUGGUGCUUUGUGCACAAACAGUGAGCGAAAUGUGAGUGCCCUCUGGGGAAAGCUGGCAGCAGAAAUCCUAAUGCAGAACUGGGACCUAGCUUUGGAGGAACUCAACCGCUUGAAGGAAAUAAUUGAUUCAAAGAACUUCUCAUCACCUCUGAAUCAGCUCCAGAACAGGAUAUGGCUGAUGCAUUGGGCUCUGUUCAUCUUCUUUAACCAUAUCAGGUACUUGAAUGCUAUACAGACAAAUGCACACCAUCUUAUUAGGUAUCUAGCUACUGCAGUUGUUGUCCACAAAAGGAGAAGGAAUAUGCUUAAAGAGUUGAUUAAGGUCAUUCAACAGGAGCACCAUAGCUACAAGGAUCCCGUAACUGAAUUUCUGGAAUGCUUAUAUGUUAACUAUGUAGUUGUGGGCUUUGGAACAAUAACUGGAGUGAUAUGAAACAUUAGUGAUGUAGUUGUGGGCUUUUGAACUGCUUCAAGCUGGAGUGAUGUCGUUGUGGUGCUUUUGUGACUGAUCAUCUCUGGAGCUUUUGUGAAUGAUCUAGCUAGCUAUCUGUAAAUGAUCUAGUUGUGAAUGAUAUUAUAAUUGUGAUGCUUUUGUGAAUAUAUAAUUGUGGUGCUUUUGUGU